GGAGAAGUGACUUUUUUUUUACCGCGGAAGGCCAACCACCAAAAUCAGUGGGGUAAAUGUCAGGGUCAUUUACCGAGGUUUUAUUAAAUCUCACCUAACAACAUACAAGUACCGAGAGGGGGACCAAACCUAUACCUCUCCGAAGCAACACAAAAAGUAAACAACAACCGGGAUGAAAAAUGAAAUCCACUUAACUAAAUUAUAAUCGCAACGACGGAAUGCCGUAAUAAUCCAUGUAAUAGGCCCUGCGGGCUUCAAUAGGUAGUUCAUUUGGGCCCAAGUAAAUCGAAACAAUACCCGUAUUAGCCUUAGCUAAGUAAUGAGCUGUGCAGUUGGCUUCCCUCAUAGUAUGUCCGAAAAUUAGACCUUUACUAUCUGCAAGCUGUGUAAUUUCCAAAACCAAAUCCCUCCAUCGUCUAACCUGAUCUUGCUUCAAUAAAUCGACCAGCAUCAGACAAUCAGUUUCCACCUGAAACCUGUCAAAGCCGUGCCGCACCAUCCACUUCGAAGCCUCCGCCACCGUCUUCAGUUCAGCCUCCAGAGCAGAUGUAGCUUCAAUCGGAAAGCUUAUCGCGGCUACUAUUCCUCCCCCGGAAUCUCUGAGUAUAGCUCUGCCCUUCGAAUUAACAGAUGAGUAACUCGCAUCCGUGUUUAAUUUAAAGUUGCCUCUACUUCUCUUCCAUUUAAUAAUCUGAACUGGAUUCUUCUUCAGCUUAAAUCCAACUGGAAUUAGGCGUUCUUCCAUUAACACGUUAUCCCUCAUCUGAGUCUUACCUAAGGACAAGCAUUGAACCCAUUUGUUUGUAUACCCCUUAAUUAAUUUUAUCAUGCUGUCAGCGUUAGGGAUUGUUCCCCCCUCUCCUCAAAUCUGAUUAGCAUAAACUUUCCAAACAUGCCAGCAAAUGAUUCCAGGUAGGCAAUGCUUAAAAAUAUCUGCCAAGUCUUUGGUCCCUGCCUUGAACCACCACUUGCGAAACAUUUGAGAAAUGGUUUCUAUGGGAUUAGGAUAAAAUAUACCCAUAAUUCCCAUAAAGUAUUGCCAGAUGGGCCUAAUCCUUUCACAUUUCAGGAAAAUGUGCUCCAGCUUAUCCUCUUCCUUUUUACACAACGAGCAUCUGGAUGGGUUAAUUACAAGAUUAAAUCUUGCCAGUUGUUCAUUAACAGGUCAACAAACCAGAAGGAUCUUCAGUACAUAAUGAGGAGGCAUACUCAUGCACAAAGCAAAUUCUUCUCCAAAUUGGUGAAUCCGUAAUUUUAGGAGUCAUAUCCCCUCCUCUAUCAUACCUGUUUCUGAUAAACUCAGUCCAUAGGGUGUCUCCUGUUUUCCAUUUCCACCACAGCUUAAGUGUGAAAGCCUUCUCAAUAUCAGUCAAAGAUCUUAUUCCCAACCCUCCUUCUUCUUUAGGAAAACAAAGUUUAUCCCACUUUAGCCAGUGAAAUUUGUUCUUAUUAUGAGAUGCCCCCAAAAGAAGCUAGUCAUCUUACUGUUUAGUAUACUAAUGACCUUUCUUGGAAGUGUAUCAACUGCCAGAAUGUGCAGUGGCAUGGCAUUAAGAACAUGUUGAAUUAAAAUUAACCUCCCUCCUUGUGACAGGUUCUUUUGCCUCCAACUUGUCAGCUUCCUUUCAAAUUGCCUUAUAAUAGGGCCACAAUAGUGAAAUCUAUUAAUACCUUUAUGAAGGUUCACCCCUAGAUAUUUUAGA